UUAAACGUUUCGACGUCUAAUGCGGUAUAUUUGAUGUCAAUUUGUAAAAGCAAAACUAUCUUAACAAAAAAAAAAUAUUAUGGCUAUCUCAACCAUCUCUUUGCAACAACAGGUAGACAGAAUGAACUUUGCUAAAGAGAAGCUUUAUCAUCCUUCAUACCUGCAAAUGGAUUAUCACUCAAAUAUUAGCGCUCCGCCGAUUUCACCGCUUGUGUUAUUAGCAGCUACCUGUAGCAGUAUUGGCAAAAACGAGAAAGAAUUAAAAGAAGAGUAUCACGAAAUCCAUCGUAAAUCUGUGCUUCCAUGUAAUAUUGCUCAAAAACUGACUGGCAACUUAGCUUCAUUUAACAACACUUACGAGUCGUCUUUUCAACCAAAAAUGAAAAAAAAGAUGAGCGCACCAUUUAAACCAUACAGCAUUGAUAGCUCACAAUUCGAACGCAACCCAAUUAAUAAACAUUUAAAGUCAUGUGAUAUUAUUUCCGAGGAAAGUAAAAAAGAUUUUUUUUAUCGACCCUAUUUUUCUACAAACUUUUCAUCGCUUUCAUCAACAACUGCACAUGAGAAACAUGCUUUUGAAAAUCAGCAUAAUAGACCAGCUAGUUCAUUACACUUGCUUAAUAAUGACUUUGUAAAAAACUUUCAUCAUAUCAAUAAUCAACCACACAACAACCACCCUUAUAGUAUCCGACCUCACAGUGAUCCUUUACCUUUAACUAAGCAAGGAUCAGAAUUUUGUCAUUGUUCGAUUUGCAUACAGAAACAGAAUAAUAAAUUCGACCUGACGUCCGUCUGCCGUGAUCCUAUUUGUAUGACGUGCUUUAAUCCAAAUAAAACGACACCUUUAAAAUCCAAAUGCUCAACUUUAAGGCAAUUUUCUUCGGGUAAAACUUCAACAUUUCAAUAUGAAAAUAAUAAACAGUACACAUGUAACUGGGUGUCAGAAAAUAAACAAUGCGGGUGUUGUUUUUCUUCAUCAGAGGAUUUGUUUAAACAUUUAAAAACUCAUACAAACUUACAACAACGAGUUGCAAAAGAACUUAAUAUCCAAUAUCAAACACAAGGCGACUGCAAUAUUCACUCAUGCACGUGUAAACAAAAAACAUUAACUCCUAUGAGCGAAAAUCUAUACCCAGGAAAUAUCUACAAUGCGUACCCAGAAAAUGCCACACUUAACCGAUAUGAGGAAAAAUUAUUAGGUUCCAAUCAAUUGUCCGCUUUUAAACCGAUAUAUGUUUCGCGACGUUAAAUCAUUUUUACGAAAAAAACCUUUGUGUUAUAAUAAACUGAAUAAUUUUACUCUAUAAUUUAUUCUAUGUGUAAAUAAAAAUUUCGGUAUUUAA